AGAGGUUUCUUAAUAAAAGAGCGUACGUGAUGUCGAGAUCCAGUUUGCCUUGCUAGCUGAAGAGAGAUCUGUGUGCAUCGAAGCCUUUAAUUUUUUUUAUUAUUUUACAUUCAUCUAUGUGUCAAUGAGAAUUAUAGAUUUUCUUUUGAACUCCAGAAACCAACAAAACAUUCUUGGUUUGGAGAAAAAUCUCCGAACAAAAAAAGGAAGCAGAACAGGAAACUCCGGUAACUACAAGGAACUUCAAGUACUCACCAGAAUACACCACGUACCUUAGAUUAUUCGUCAUUCAAGUGAUCAAGAUGGUACAGAGCGAAUUAUUCUCAACUGGGCACAAAAAACCUUAUGAUAACAGGAGUAUAAUACCUAACAAAAAAUUUGGUUUGGACGCUGACAAAAAAACGUCAUAUGUCAAAGAAAACAAGGGGGCAAAUCCUGGAUCGAAGAAAGAAAAUUCCGCCUGGGGAUCAACAUUCAAAAACAAAGAACAUUUUGCGAGUUUACAUCAUUUUUAGUUAUAUUAUACUCUCAAUAUCAUAUGUAUGAUUCUCUUUUAGUUAGUAAUAUAAAGGCACCUUAUUAAAAUCA